CCGCCGCCCAACCAUGAGUCGGCUGUUGUGAGCCGCCACUGCCGCCAGAGCAGGGCUUUCGUGUCGACGUGCAGGGCGGCGCUGUACGGGGAGGGCGGCGAAAGUAAGUCUUUGAAGAGGAGCACCGGGCGGCACCAUGUUGGGGUGGCUGAUGACGGCGCCGCUGGCCGUGCUCCGCUGGCUCAUCUCGCCUGUACCGCUCACCGUGAUCGUGGUGCUGCUCGCCUGGGCCUACUACAGCUUCACCAAGAACUUUGACUUCUGGAAGUCGCGCGGUGUGUCCGGACCCAAACCAUGUCUGCCCUGGGGCAACGAGGUGGGCAAGAUGUUCUCGGGCUUCUUUGAGAUGGACAACUGGCUGUACUACGAGCACGGCGGCAAGAAGUUCUGCGGCCUCUUCGAGAUGCACCAUCCGGUGCUGUUCGUCGGCGAUCUCGACCUGAUCCGCUCCAUCACCAUCAAGGACUUUGACCACUUUGUCAACCAGCGCGACCAGUUCGGCGCAGAGUUCUGGAAGGAGACGCUGAUCCUGUUGAGGGACGCCAAGUGGAAGGAGACCCGAGCGGUAAUGUCGCCCACUUUCUCUGCCAGCAAGCUGAAGGCCAUGCACCAGGUGACGCUGGACAACGCCCAGAACUUGGCCAAGUACGUGGAGAAGCAGAUGGCGGAGACAGGCGUGGUAGAAGUCAAGGACGCCUUCGGUCGCUUCACGAUGGACAACAUCGCUGCGUGCGCGUUCGGCGUCAACUGCAACUCCUUCACCGACCCGAACAGCCAGUUCGCGACGAACGCGGCCAAAAUUCUCAGCUUCCACCCGCUGAUGGUUAUCCGCUUCUUAGCCGAGACGUUCCUUCCUUACAGCAUCGCCAAAUACUGUCCCGACUACAGCGUCAAGAUUGGCGCCUUCUUCGGGGACGUGGUUAUGAAGACGAUCGCCCAUCGCGAGAAGAACCCCAGCUCCACCCGCGACUUCCUGCAGCUGCUGAUGGACACCAAGGACAAGGACGGCAAGCGGAUCCUCUCUGACAGCAGCAUCGUGGCGCAGUCGUCGCUGUUCCUGAUCGCCGGAUACGAUACCACAUCCACGCUGUUGACGUUCGCCGCCUACUGCCUGGCCGUGGAUCAGGAGAUCCAGCAGCGCGUCCAGCAGGAGGUCGACGACGCCGUCGAGCGUCACGGCGGACUCAACUACGAGGCCAUUAUGGACAUGCCGUACCUGGACCGCGUGAUCUCGGAGACGCUGCGGCUGUACCCUCCAGUGGCGCGGCUGGAGCGGGUCUGCAGCAAGGACUACACGCUGCCGGGCACGGACAUCCACAUCCCCGCCGGCACGCUGGUCUUCCUCUCCGUGUUCGGAGUGCACCGCGACCCGGAGCUGUACCCGGACCCGCUGCAGUUCGACCCGGACCGCUUCCUGCCAGAGGUGAAGGAGAAGCGCCACCCGUGCGCCUACAUCCCGUUCGGCAGCGGGCCGCGCAACUGCAUCGCCAUGCGGUUCGCCCUGUUCGAGGCCAAGAUCGCCCUGGCGUCGAUGAUGCGGCAGCUGACACUAAAGCCGACGCCACAGACGCCGCCGCACCCGAUGCCGCUCGAGGACGAUGGCUUCCUGGCGACGCCAAAGGGCAAGAAGCUGCCACUGCUUGCUGUGCCCAGGGAGUAGAGGACGACCUGGUGAGAAGAGUUGCCGGAAGUGAAGAUGGGAGAGCCGAGGGGCGCAGAAGGAGAGGGAAAGGAGACGAAGGACAGCUAGUGUGUGCUUAUGCGUUGAGGAACUUCUCAUGUAGCUUCUGUAUUAGGACAGUGGUUUCCUCUAUACAAGACUACUAAGCAAUCUUCUUACUUAGAAGGAAGCAAGGGCAAAUUGCGAUUCCCGGUGCAAUGAGACUCAGGCUCGGACUUCUUGUUUCCGAUUUUACAAAAGUUUGGUGACUGUCAUUCGGAAAGUUCGACUUUGUCGCGUGAAAGACUUCUUCGCAACACUGACACCACGCGUCGAAUUGUAUGACAACACACACAGACCACAGUGGACUCAUAGACAGCUAAGCUCUAGACAGGAGUUAAUUAGCAUUAAUCGCACAGACGAUAAAACAGCGCACACCAUUUCAAGCACUUAUGCGGAGAUCACGUGAAUGAUUUUAGUGGAAAAGUGAUAAGUGAUUGGUAGUUGAGAGUGGACUGCGGCGGCAUUGGUCGACAUAACUUUACACGGGUGUUGUUAGGUGCCUUCUAGGGAUCAGAUAUUACAGUGCGACCAUCAGCAGGCGCCUGAACCCCACUACUUUAUGAAUAAUGUAUCGUGAACUGCGUAGAAUCCAGUCAGACGUGUUUGCCCUUCAUCUGCUGGAUUCAGAUAGCAUCUUGCUACAUUAACCUCUUUCGCUGUUUACCGAAAAA